AUGACAACAGAAACCGCCGAGCACCAAGAGGACGCCUACUUCUCCUCCCAACCGCCCCCGAAAAACCUCGACGCCCACGUCUCCGCCGCCCGCGCCUUCAUCACGCACCACGCCGCCCUCGCCGACCGGCGCAUCGUCCUCGUCACCUCGGGCGGCACCACCGUGCCCCUCGAGAAGCAGACGGUCCGCUUCAUCGACAACUUCUCCGCCGGCACCCGCGGCGCCACCUCCGCCGAGUACUUCCUCGAGGCCGGCUACGCCGUCAUCUUCCUGCACCGCCAGUUCUCCCUGCAGCCCUACAGCCGGCACUACUCCCACGCCACCGACUGCUUCCUUGAUUUCCUGGCCGAGGGUGAGGAUGGCACCGUUGUAGCCAACCCCGGCCACCAGGAGCGCAUGCGCGCCGUCCUGCGCAAGUACCAGGCCGCCCGCAAGGACAACAUGCUCCUCAUGCUGCCCUUUACCACCAUCACCGACUACCUUUUCGAGCUGCGCGCCAUCGCGGGGCUGCUGGGGCCGCUCGGCCCGUCGGCGCUGCUGUACCUCGCCGCCGCGGUGUCGGACUUCUUCCUCCCGCAGGACCGCAUGGCGGAGCACAAGAUCCAGAGCACCAACGCCACGGACUCUCUUUCUUCAUCCAAGCCUGCGCCUCAGCCCCGCAACGGCAACGGCGCGCCCUCCGAAGACGAAGAAACAUUCGACAACUUCGACUCCUCCCCCGCGAUCCCGCGCUCCAAGCGCCUGAUCAUCGACCUCGACCCCGUGCCCAAGUUCCUGCAGAACCUCGUCGACGGCUGGGCGCCGCAGGGCAUGGUCGUCAGCUUCAAGCUCGAGACCGACCCGGCCAUCCUCGUGCACAAGGCGAAGUACUCACUUGAGCGCUACCAGCACCACCUCGUCAUCGGCAACCUGCUGUCCACGCGCAAGUGGGAGGUCGUCUUCGUCGCGCCGGGCCAGCGGGACAGGUGGGUCCGGGUCCCCAGUGCGCAGCAAGGGCUGCGGGACUCGAUGCCGGCGGAGGACAAGCCGCUCGACCCUGCGGCGCUGCCGGAGGGCGACCCCGAAGUGGAGAUUGAGAGCUUGAUCAUUCCUGCCGUGCAGGAGCUGCACUCGAAGCAUAUCCAGUCCUUGCAGAAGUAG